AUGGGGCUCGGCGAGGGCGAGUACGAGCCGCGCGUCGUGCACCAGUUCCUGGACCUGGCCUACCGCUACGUCGGCGACGUGCUCGGCGACGCCCAGGUCUACGCCGACCACGCAGCCAAACCCCAGCUCGACGCCGACGACGUCCGCCUCGCCAUCCAGGCCAAGGUCAACUUCUCCUUCUCCCAGCCGCCGCCACGCGAGCAAAUGUGGGAUUCGAACCCAGAUUCAUCUCAAGUAGUACAUUACCAGUACCACCUUACCACUAGGACCAAGAUGACUCCUUUAUCCUUUAGGAAGUUGGAACUGACAGAACUUUUGCCAGUUUGGUGGGAUAUAAUCAGGGAGUUCCGAGAUUUAAAUCCCAGGGUGCAGCUAGUAGCAGAAACGAAUACCUUCUCGAUGACUCGAUUGUAUGGAUAUGGAAAAUACAGGAUUUCCGAUCCUAGUGGGAAAAGGAGGGAAACGGAUACUCAAUUUAAAGUUCUGCUUGAGUUGGCACGCAGCCGGAACAAGAUCCCGCUACCCAAGUCUAUUGCUCCACCUGGCUCGAUUCCUCUGCCACCUGAGCAGGACACUUUGCUGACUGAAAACUACCAGCUUCUACCCGCACUGAAGCCACCAACUCAGACUGAAGAAGCAGAAGAUGACAACGAGGGAGCUGACGCAAUCCCUGGCAAUCCCAGUCCAAACUAUUCACAGGAUCAGAGGGGCAACGAGCAACGUCAGCCUCAGAGCCAGAGCCAGAGGGUUUCUUUCCAACUGAACGCGGUGGCUGCCACGGCUGCAAAGCGCCCUCUAGUGACAAUUGAUCAGUUGAACAUGGGCUAA